GACCCUCAGGAAACCGGAAGUCCCGCCCCGGAGGCGGUGCCGGCAUGGCGGGGCUGGCGCGGCGCUUGAGGCUCCUGUGGCCCCCUGGUGGGGCCUGGGCCCGGGCCGCUCUGCACGAAGCGGCCCCGGCACGGGACGUACUGCUCUUCGAGCACGAGCGCGGUCGCUUCUUCGCCUUCCUGGGCCUCUUCUGCGCGGGCCAGGGCGUUUUCUGGACAUCACUGGCUGCGGCCGCCUUGGCCGGGCGCCGUGGCAGCUCCGGCUCGGUACUUUGGCGCUACGGACUGGCUGCCGGCUGCGCUUCUGUCGGCUUGCUGGUGCUGGCUGCCGGCCUGCUCUUCUCCCGGCGCUCGGUGAGAUCCGUGUUGCUCCACAGAGGGGGCCAGCAGGUGACCGUCACCACUCACGCCCCCUUCGGCCUGGGCGCCCAGUUCACUGUGCCCCUGCGCCAGGUGUCCUGCCUGGCCCACCGCGGGGAGGUGCCCGCCGUGCUCCCCCUCAAGGUCCGAGGCCGCCGCUUCUACUUCCUGUUGGACAAAGCCGGCCGCUUCCCCAACGCAAGGCUGUUUGACCUCACUGUGGGGGCCUACCGGGGCCUGUGACUCCCCCCAACCAAGCCCCGAAGGGCAAAUAAAGAGCCGGAAGCGCAA